CCCGGAGAAUUUGGCUGGAAAUAUGGCUGACGGCGAUAAAGCAAGCUACUCGGACACUGUUCUCUACAAUGUUUUGUCGAAGGAAAAAAAGUUGAGAAGGAGACUGCCCUGGUACUAUGCCCCCUCCUUUCUCCUCCUCUGGGUGGUGCUAUUCUACGCGAUCGUACUUCCGCUUUUCUAUCGGCUUCCAGACCGAAUCACGAUAGCCGACGAGCCACUUAAGCCCGGGGAAUUUGUGGCCGAGAGAGCACAGAAAGUGCUCUACGAAUUCGAUCGUAUCGGACCCAAAGUGGUCGGGAGUAUAGCGAAUGAGGUGACCACCGUUGCAUUUCUCUUAAAUGAGGUGGAAAAGAUUAGGGGAGAAAUGCGCAGCGAUCUCUUUGAUUUGGAGGUAGAUGUCCAGCAGCCAACAGGUACCUAUGUGGUGGGAACAAUGACUAGCAUUUAUCAGGGCAUCCAGAAUGUGGUUGCUAAGUUGAGCACUAAGAGUUCUAAUAGCUCAUCCUACCUUCUGAUUAACAGCCAUUUCGACUCAAAGCCAGGAAGUCCAGGAACUGGGGAUGAUGGUACCAUGGUUGUAGUAAUGCUAGAGGUUUUGCGUCUAAUGUCAAUUUCCGAAGACAAAUUCGAGCAUCCAUUAGUUUUUUUGUUUAAUGGGGCGGAGGAGAAUCCUCUACAAGCCUCCCAUGGUUUUAUUACUCAGCAUAAAUGGGCAGCAAACUGCAAAGCAGUUAUCAAUUUAGAAGUCGGUGGUAGUGGUGGUCGAGAUAUCUUAUUUCAGAGUGGCCCAAAUAAUCCCUGGUUAGUAAAGUACUACAAACAGCACUCGAAGCAUCCGUUUGCCUCCACAUUGGCGGAAGAGAUCUUUCAAUUUGGAAUACUGCCCUCCGACACUGAUUUCCGCAUCUUUCGAGAUUAUGGAAAUAUUCCCGGUCUUGACAUUGCACAAUUCAGCAACGGAUACGUUUAUCACACAAAAUUUGACAGCUUUGAUGUUGUUCCAGGACGUUCGGUUCAGAGCACAGGAGAAAAUGUCCUUUCACUAGUUCGAGCUUUUGCCAAUGCCAGUGAAUUGUAUAACACUAAGGAACACAGUGCAGGACAUGCUGUCUUCUUUGAUUUUCUAGGACUUUUCUUUGUGACUUACACGGAGAAGACUGGAAUAAUCCUGAACUAUUGCUUUGCAGUACUAAGUAUUCUUCUCGUUGGUUGUUCCUUGUGGAGAAUGGGAUAUGUGUCAGAGAUUUCCGUAGGAAGGAUAUCUAUAGCUUUUGUCAUCAUUUUUGGACUACAUCUUUUGGGCUGCCUUCUAUGCAUUAGUUUGCCUCUAAUAAUGGCUCUUCUGUACGAUAUCGGAGAUCGAACUCUGAACUAUUACAGUAACAACUGGUUGGUGAUCGGUCUAUACAUCUGUCCGGCGAUCAUUGGAUUAGUACUGCCUUCGACUCUAUAUCACUCGUUCAAGCCAAAUAAAAAGUUAAGUCACUCGUACCAGAUCUACAUCGGCUUGCAUGCCCAUUGUGUGGUCCUGGCAUUCCUGGCCAUUUUUUUGACAGCCAUUGGUCUUCGAAUUCCCUAUAUGUGUAUAAUAUCGUUGGUUCUCUAUAUCGGCUCUCUGCUCAUAAAUCUUAUAAGUACCCUACAUGAUCGCGGAUACUACUGGGUAUUAACGGUUCAGCUUAUUCAACUUUUUCAAUACGUGUACUUCUGCUACCUUUUCUACAUAUUCCUUGUGAUUUUCUUUCCCGCGAUGGGAAGAAAUCGAGAUUCGGUAAAUCCUGAUAUGCUGAUAGCCCUGAUAUGCGCUGUGGGAACCUUUUUCGCACUCGGAUUUGUGGUUCCUUUAAUUAACAUGUUUCGAUGGUCCACCAUUAUAUUGAUUGGCCUAGGAGUGGUGACCUUUAUAUUCAGCAUGAUCUCUAUUUCGGAAGUGGGUUUUCCCUAUCGUGCAAAGACCAGUGUGAUGCGGGUUAACUUUCUACAAACUCGCCGAAUGUUUUACGAACAUGAUGGUUCUCUUAGCGUCGACGAUUCGGGGUACUAUUUUGACUACCAGGAUAGACGAGCUCUUCGCCCACUUCAGGAUUAUUCCGUAAACUUGACUGGACUUAGCUCCAUAAAAACUCCUUGCGAUGAGUACGUGAUGUGCGGAAUUCCUUGUUUCUGGAGUAGCUGGUGUAGAGGGCUCUCCAGUGCUGCUUGGCUGCCUCGUGAACAGGAAGUGGACAUACCCGGAAUAUUGGAAUUAAACCUCUUAAAUACAUCCCUCCUAGAAUCGGGCAAAUCCAAGAGAUUCGAAUUUGAACUAGCUGGCCCUCCGCAUAUGGGCCUGUAUAUACGGCCACUGGAAGGAGUAGCAGUGGAGGAUUGGUCCUUUAUAAGGACAAUGCUGGACAAACCGGAAAAAUACUCGGCGCCCUAUCAAAUAUACCUUUCCUAUGGUGUGGAUAAUUCUCCAUUUAAAUUUCACAUUGAUUUUGCAAAAUCCGAUGGAGAUUUUGAUGAACCUAUUUUUGAGCUAGGUGUUGUCGGACAUUAUGUAAGCAAGGAUUUUGAGAGGGAUGCAACUACCCUAAAGUUCAUAGCGGAUUUACCAGAGUUUGCUUACACCAUGGAAUGGCCGUCUUUGUUUAAGCGAUAUAUCUUUUAAGAUCUUAUUCCAAAAGCAAUUUAGUUUUGCAUUCAUUAUAUUUUCGGGACAUUCCAAGCGCUGCGAUAGUGCAAGCGAUAAAGUAGA